AUGGAGAGGUUCUUUAUCAUAGGGGCUUGUGUCCUGGCUAUCGGGUCUAUAUGCAUUCAUACGACAAAUGGUGCCACUACAUCGUCUCCUCCAAUGACGACAAACUCCCAAACAGACGUCACUUCCGGAUCGUCACCAGCUACAGUAACUGACGUUGUCAUGGACGACCUAAACAACGUGACCACUUGUCCAAGAUACACUUACAAGCUGGAAAAUGAGACGCUUUAUGUGUCGUACAUAGAAAACAGCUGUGAAAUGGUUGUUACAGUUGAAAAAUUAUCUCUACCCCCAUUAAAGAGAAUUGAGCAAUUCAAACGCAGACCCAGGGUUAUCAGGAGACCAGUUGUCAGCUUCAGACCUGUACUCACGGAGGGAGAACCAGUUUCCUGUGAAGCUUUACCUAAUCGUUCUCUUGGACCAUUCGUUUUUGUGGACACGGUCACUGACGACUGUCAAAUGUUAAUAAAGAUACAGAAACAGAAAAAUGAAGACUUUAUUCCAAGAGUACCAGGGGAGAAGAGACCGGAAAGAAGGCCAGGAAAGGGACUAGGCAAACGACCAAAGAACCCAAGGUUCAAGUUUGUACCUGCCUUCGAGUAUCUGGAUGAAAUAGUAUAUUAA